AGAUUCUUCCCAAAAUUAAUUAUAACCCAUUCUCGUGAGGAGCAGGAUCAGUUCCCUUUGUCGACGAACAAGCAUUCCACCCUCCGUCGGACGCCGUCCACCAUUGUCAGUCCUGCGUGGUUGUUCUCGGACAAGCAGUGAAGAAGAUCGAACCGUAGGGCUUUUUCUACUCCCAAAAUCCGGUACUUCCUUGUGUAGAUACAAGCGCACAUACGUAUCCUUAGUAUUUAAGCUUUAACAAAGGCUGCUGAUAUGGCCACUACCAAGGUCUAUGUUGUGUAUUACUCUUUAUAUGGACAUGUAGACACUAUGGCAAGAGAAGUACACAAAGGGGCGGCUUCAGUUGAAGGUGUUGAAGCAACACUCUGGCGUGUACCUGAAACACUUUCUGAUGCAAUAUUACAAAAGAUGAAAGCCCCUCCUAAAGAAAAUGAUGUGGAAGACAUUAGGCCAGAUCAACUUGUGGAAGCAGAUGGUUUUAUAUUCGGUUUUCCUUCUCGUUUCGGCAUGAUGCCAAGCCAGUUCAAGGCCUUCUUUGAUGCCACCCAUGACCUCUGGGCUUCCCAAUCACUGGCUGGCAAACCUGCUGGAAUCUUCUGGAGUACUGGCUUUCAUGGAGGAGGCCAGGAACUUUCAGCACUAACGGCGAUAACGCAAUUGGCACAUCAUGGUAUGAUUUUUGUACCACUUGGGUACACAUUUGGAAGUGGCAUGUUUGAGAUGGAGGAGGUUAAGGGAGGCUCUUCAUAUGGUGCUGGAACUUUUGCUGCCGACGGAUCUCGUCAGCCCACCCAGCUAGAACUUCAGCAGGCUUUUUAUCAGGGCAAAUACAUUGCUCAAAUAGCAAAAAGGCUUAAAAUCUAAUCUUCUCCCUAGUCACAUUUCUGAAAUUUUCCUUAAAUUUGAUAUAAUUUAUACCGACCUUCUUUAUAUUUCCAAAAUCUAUACAUAUUUCCUCUAAAAAUUAAAUGUAAAUUGUUCCGACCUUUGCAUGUUGUUUAA